CAGUGAUCGUGCCGCGUUUCUCGAGCAGUGCGCGUCCACACGUCGCGACGACACGGCUCCUCUCGUCGUUCCUUCCGUGAUCGCGAAUUUCGACCGGGCCGUGCGCUACGUAAAGCGUCCACCCUUUGUACACGUGACACUGUUGUCGCCGCGGAGCGCCGGGACGCAUCGCUUCGCACUCGAAGAAACAACUUUCGUGUUUCUUCCACCGAAGACAUCUCGCAGCGAUCCAUCGACGAACAACAGGACGCCGAGAAGAGCUUAAUCCGUUUUUUCUCCGAACAAAGAGGACACGAGAAGGCAUCUCCGACGACGGCGGAGCUGGCGAGAAAAGAAGCGAGAAUUUCGCGCUGGUAACCCACGCUUUUCGGAUUAUCACAGUCGCGAAGGCACGAAGGCAUCGUUUGAUGUCCGACGGAAUGACGAACCCACCCCCCGUAAGCUCGUCGACGACUCAGAGAUCUUCCGGUUCCCUGCUACUUUUCGCUGGAACGCGAGGAACGCGCGUUUAACCGGCGCGAUCGAAGCACCGUAUCUCGAUCUGACGAUCCGGCCUGAAGAAAAUUUGGAGAAGAAGGAAGCGUUACGGACGAGGAAGAAAUUAGAAGAUCGCGGCAAUCCUUCUUCGUUGAGUGAUUGAGACUCGGAUUUCAGGGAUCGUCCGUGAGGAUCAACGGCUCGAGACACUCCCGAGCGUCGGGCGAUCAAAGCCGCGAGAAAAAGAAGAUUUACGACACCCGGUUCGAACGCUCCUUCCGUUUUACGACAGCGCGUACCACUCGGUCAAGAUGAACGUCUCGAUAAUGAGCACCACGAGCGUCAUCGAUUACGCGCGCAAGGCGAGUCCCGACGACUCGAUUAUCCAGAACUGCGAGGCUGACCUGCCGAUCAUCGCGCUGGUCAAUCAGAUCCUCUACUCCAUCGUCUGCGUGGUAGGCCUCCUAGGGAACACUUUGGUGAUCUAUGUGGUGCGGCGGUUCUCCAAUAUGCAAACGGUCACCAACACGUACAUCGUGAAUCUGGCAAUCGCCGACGAGUGCUUCCUGAUCGGCAUACCGUUUCUAGUCACUACGAUGAGCCUGCGCAGUUGGAUCUUCGGCAAGAUCAUGUGCAAAGCCUACAUGACCACGACGAGCAUCAAUCAAUUCACAAGCAGCAUCUUUCUGUUCAUCAUGAGCGCGGAUCGCUACAUAGCCGUUUGCCAUCCGAUAUCUUCCUCGAAACUGCGCACCCCGUUUAUCUCGAAGAUAGUCUCGCUGACCGCCUGGGUCACCAGCGUCCUCUUCAUGAUCCCGAUAUUCCUGUACGCUAACGCGAUGGAGACCGACCAAGGCAUCUGCAACUGCAACAUCUAUUGGCCCACCGAUCGCGGCGGGCACACCACUUUCACCCUUUACACCUUCAUUCUAGGCUUCGCUAUUCCGCUGGUCCUCAUUCUGAUCUUCUACUUCCUGGUGAUCAGGAAGCUGCAGACGGUCGGCCCGAAGAACAAGUCCAAGGAGAAGAAACGCACUCAUCGCAAGGUGACCAAACUGGUCCUCACGGUGAUCACCGUGUACGUUCUUUGUUGGCUGCCCUAUUGGCUGACCCAGGUAGCUCUCAUCUACACGCCGCCGAAGCAAUGCCAAAGCAAGAUCACCAUCACCAGCUUCCUGCUGGCAGGGUUCCUCAGCUACAGCAACAGCGCCAUGAACCCCAUUCUCUACGCGUUCCUCAGCGACAACUUCAAGAAGAGCUUCUUGAAAGCGUGCACCUGCGCCGCCGGAAAGGACGUGAACGCGACGCUGCACAUCGAGAACAGCGUGUUCCCGCGGAGGAACAAGGCGAACGCCGAAAAACUUCAGUCGAAUCGACUGGUCCCCUGCGGACAGUCCAGGCUGGAACUGGAAGACGAGGACGCGGAAAGAGGUCUGCUGAUCAGUAAGACGUCCACGACGACAGUGACCAUGACGUCACGGUCGAACAUCACCAUAGGCAACGACGCGAAAGAUUCCGCGCAGAGGGACAGGGACUCGUUGAAGAACGGAGCGCAGCUGACACUGCUCACGCAGGUGUAAACGCACCGAGAAUACCUGACGAUCCAGUGGGCUGAGGGGUGGCCUCUCGGUUCCUCUUGGAUUGCGAGAUAAUCUGCCUUUCUCUUCGUCACCAUCGAGCUCGGGAUUCACCGAGACCAGACGAAGGAGGAACGACAUCUCUUAAAGGAGGGCGUCGCCGUAAAAACUAGCUACCAGUAGUUAUCGAGACAAAAUUUUGAAACUUUGUACUUUUACGUAGCUUUGAACGCAGAAUUCAAUGAUCUAAACAAAAAAAAUGUUUGAACAAUUUUUUUGAAUUUUUCGAUACUACUUUUUCUUCAAAUAAAUUUUAUUCAAAGAUGCAAAAAGAUUGUUUGAACAUUUUUUUGUUUAAACCAUAGCAAUUCUGCGUUCGAAACUACGUAAAAGUAGAAAGUUUCGAAAUUUUGCCUCAAUAACUACUGGUAGCUAGUUUUUGUGGCGGCGCCAUACCUUAAAGCGAUUAUUCACCAUCCUAAAGGGAAAUUUGUGACUAGCGGAGCAUGGGGAUCCCUGGAAGAUCGUUCGAGGGCUACUCGAUAAUCAUGUCCAUCGAAUUUUUCAACGAAUGUCAACGUGUUCCGAUCGAUCUCCUCUUGCAUCGAUCUCACAUGCCCUCUGGACUAUGCCGGCCGCGAACGCGACGAUUCCUUCGCGAAAACACGCGUCUUAUCCCGCGAAAACUAUUCAGAAACACCGAAUUACUCUUUAUAGAAAUGCGCGAAUUGAAAUCGGAGUGCUCUCUGACUCGCGGCAACCGCGGCACACGCUUCGCCAUUACUCUUUGCCGUGAAUGGCUCGAGAGCGGAAGCCUCUUCGCUUACCUAACCCUGGAUAACAGCCGAGGUAAUUGAUGACGUUUCAGUGUUGACGAGUGCACCUUGGCGAACGGGACUGGUUUAGAGCAGGUUAAGACGGAUGGAUUCUAAGGAUGCGCACCAAUCCAGUGGCUCUGCUUCGUAAUCUGCGACGAGUCUUAUUUUCUUACGAUUCUCGACUCAGAAAAGAAAUCUGAACGAACGAAACUAAGUUUUAUGUAUAGGAUGUCCCACUCGAAAGGUGUUAUUCAUGCGUGCUCUUUACCUUGAAUCUACGACGAAGGAAUUCUUCUAUUUGAUGUCAUUUUGUCAGGUUUCCGGGGACAUGGGUAUACUUUUCCCGUUGCGUGUUGUAAUAUUCAGCAAUUACGGUAGUGCAAACCUAACGCGACCUAGAACACUAGAAUCGAUGUCGCGGUGGAUGUUCCACACACUGUUCCUCGGGAACGACCGUCCUUGCGUACCUAUACACGAGAUCGAUCCUGUCGAAAACUGUGAAAAGGAUGGGAUCGAUGACUUCGAAAUGGCUUCGAGUGGGGCGCCGUGUACAUCGAUAGCGAUUAGAAUCGACGUCUGAAACGUGACAGCGGUCGUAUCCAAGUGAAUCGAUUGCUAUUUAACCGUUUUAGUGCCAGGGAUUUUUAAAAAUCCGCGUCUGAUUGUGCCAUGCUGUGCGAUUCGUUCAUUUAUCUGCGAAUAAUGCCGAUCGACGCGAUUGCGUCGAUAAAAACUGCUUAUUUAUGCAGGUGCUUUACGAUUAUUUGCAACAAAAAAAAAUAGUAAUUACGAGAGGAAGCUCUGAAAUGAUUCUCGACGAGGUACAUUCGGAACCGAGCGCGAUGCGAAUUAACGAUCGUGACCAAACACAGAACGCGAACAACGCGAUCGCUCUGCGAGGCGCUAAAACGGUUUGAAGAAGAAAAAAGAACGUGGAACCAGCCGAAAGGAAGUGGUUUACCGUGCCAAAGACAAACCGUCGCCGUUUCGGGAAUUAACGUUUUGUUCUCCUUAGGAGUGGACUAAAAUUUUUAAUUUGUACUUUCGCGCGAGUCCACCUGUUGGAUGGUAGUACAAAUUUCGCGUAGAAGGGGGUAUCGAUGCCGUUUUACGUCUUCGAGAACGAGACAGAUCAAUCCGCUUCGAGGAGGAGACUCCCCCGGGACCGACGUCUCGAGUUCCUGUCUUAUUUCCUUGCUUCCUCGAUACCCUCUUCCAUUAUUUCGAAUCGCGGCGAGGACUCGUUUAUUCGACGGGUUCAGACGAGAAUGUCGCUUCGCGGCUGAUCGUUGACUCGUUGCAGUCAGAUUUGGAGACUCGGUAGAGCAGUAACGAAAUUGGACUGUAAAAAGUUGACUUUCAUUCGCGAUUCUCUCUGAUUUUAAAUGUUGGUCGCCUUGCAGAUGAUUGUUAAUUUGUUGCAGUUGCAUACGCAAGUUCCUUUAGAUCGAUGGAACGAUGAAACGAAGCAUCGAUCAUGGGUCACGUGAGCGUGAACCAACAACGAAAUGCGACUGCAAAAGAUUGAUUUUCGCUCUAUCUUAGAUGUAGAAGUUUCAUCGAUAAUCUCGUUCAGAGACUCGUUCAUAUACGCACACGACGAACCAACGGACUGCAUCGAAGGGAAAUUCUAAUAUCACGAUCGAGAACCGCGAAGUACUUAGUCUUUAUUCGUUACAUUUAAGAAACAUGGUUCUUGUUUGACUCGGUCGUAGCUCGGGACGCGAACGAGCGUGGCAAGUGCCGCGAGGUUCGAUUACAAACGAAUUAGAAUUCGAUAAGGAUUCAACGAAGUCGAGCUACCGAUGAAUCGAUGCUGCAUGAUCGUCAAUUGUCGUAUUAAAGAAGCAAACGUGGAAAUCGUCAACUGUACCAAUUUUCUGUAUCUGCUAAGUGAUUGUAAGAUAAAAUAAAGUAAGGAGAAUUGAAUGUGUACAA